GGCUUCCUGUGGCUAUGUAGCUGAGCCUGUCGGCUCGGGCUCCUCUCAGGUGGCACCAUCGCCGCGUUCUAGCGCAGAGCUGCUGCUCCGGAGAGGCGGCCUUCGCCCGCGCCGCGCUCCCUCGACGGCAGAGCUUGCUCGCUAGCCCAUGGGAGCGUCCCAACCGAGCAGCCCUGAGGGGGGAGGGGAGGCCAUUUUGUCCCGACCGACUCCCCGGAACCGGGCGGAGCGGCUGGGAGAGGCUGUGGAGCUGUGGUCGCCGCCCUCGGAGGCACCGGACGCCGCCACCGUCGGGGCUUCCUCGACGAGGCCGUUCGUAGGUCGCCCGCGCCCUCCGAGCCCCCCCUUUCCCCACGCUUGCCCGGUCCUCCGGCCUGAGAACGCCGGAGUGGGGAGUUGGCCGUAGUGAGAGGGACCGAUCCCUUGGGGCCGCCGGCGGCGAGAGCCUGAGCCGCUCCUCCCAAUGGCGAAGAAGACGUACGACCUGCUCUUCAAGCUGCUCCUGAUCGGGGACUCGGGCGUGGGGAAGACCUGCGUCCUCUUUCGUUUCUCGGAUGAUGCCUUCAAUACCACCUUCAUCUCCACCAUAGGAAUAGAUUUUAAGAUCAAAACAGUUGAAUUACAAGGAAAGAAGAUCAAGCUACAGAUAUGGGAUACAGCAGGCCAAGAGCGAUUCCACACCAUCACAACCUCCUACUACAGGGGAGCAAUGGGUAUUAUGCUAGUAUAUGACAUCACCAAUGGUAAAAGUUUUGAAAACAUCAGCAAAUGGCUUAGAAACAUAGAUGAGCACGCCAAUGAAGAUGUGGAAAGAAUGUUGCUAGGCAACAAGUGUGACAUGGACGAUAAAAGAGUUGUACCAAAAGGCAAAGGAGAACAGAUUGCAAGGGAGCAUGGUAUAAGAUUUUUUGAGACUAGUGCAAAAGCAAAUAUAAACAUCGAAAAGGCGUUCCUCACAUUAGCUGAAGAUAUCCUUCGAAAGACCCCUGUCAAAGAGCCCAACAGUGAGAAUGUAGAUAUCAGCAGCGGAGGCGGCGGGACAGGCUGGAGGAGCAAAUGCUGCUGAGCGUCCGCCUGUACCAUCCGAUGCCAUCCACCACCCGUUUUCUCUCGCUGCAAAAUGAACCACUCUGCCCGUUUUUAACCCUACACACAUGCUUUUUGUUCUUCAUCAUAACUCUUCAGUCCCCUGUUUUAUUUGUUCUUUCACCUGUGACUGCUUGCUGGCUUUAUCAUUUUCUUCGAACUUCAACAAAAAGCUGUGUAGAAAAAUCAUGUCUGUGACUGACUUCAUUCUUAAAUGUACUUGCUCAGCUCACCUCCGCAUUUCGGUUGUAUUAUAGUCUGGUUCUUAACAUUAAAACCUAUAGCAAUCACUUCAACUCCAUUCUGCAAAUUGUAUAAGAAUAAAAGUUAGAGUUAACAAUUUUAUUUUGUACAACAGUGGAAUUUUCUGUCAUGGAUAAUGUGUUUGAGUCCCUAUAUUCUAUAGACAUGCGAUAGCAAAAGGAACGAACAAAAAGCCAGGAAAACACUCAUUUCUCCCUGAAUAUGUCAAUGAGGUUACUUUUGUCCUGUGCCUUACGUGGAAAGGUUUCCUUUUAUUUCGUUUUGGUGGGAGCAUGUGCAGGAGACACAUCAUCCAAACAUAACCCAUUCAGAUGUUUGUGGUUUGCUCGGCUGUAAAUUUCAAAGUAGUUCUUUGAGGACAAAGGAUAAUGCAGAAGCGAUCCCUUUGGUUUGCUGAGUCUCAGUUUAAGUGGCCUUGAUAUUUAGACGAUUCCUGCCCACCGUUUCCUCUCCUUGGCCACUCCCGCCCCUCGUUUCUCUUCUUGCAUGCUGCUUGUGGGUUUUUGGGGGGUUUUUUGUUUGGUUAGUUGGGUUUUUUUUUGCUUUCCCCCUCUCCCUCCCCAAACCCUGACCUGAGUUAUUUAAAAAUGAAAAGGACAAACUGGUAGGUUUGUCAUAUGAAACGCAAAGCACUGGUUUAACUUGCCUGGGUCAACCAGAAGGUACCUCUGACUGCCUCCUCUCAGCUGCCCGUCCUUCCUUCUCGUCUCAGCAUUCCUUCCUGGACUGUUUGGGCCUGUGUCCUCCUCCUCCUCGGUUCCCCUGUCCUUGGAGUUUCCAACGUGGAAGAGUUUAGUGCAUGCACUAGUGUUUGCAGAGUGUCGUGUCCUGUCUUUCUAAUUAGGUGUGUGGCCUGUUCCCAUUCCUAGAACAACCCUCCUCAUCUGAAUUCAAGUAGUCUCCCUUUUGGCCACACCUCUAGCAGUUUGGUAGCCCAGUAAAGGUCUUUGAAAGGGGGGUGGGAGGGAGGAAAAGAAGAAGAAAAAGACCGGGUGGAGUGAAAAUUACUAAUUGCCAAAUGUAGUAAGAUUUGGUCUCUGAAGAACACUUUUUCAGUGUUAAGUUGUCUUUACUUAAGAUUUAGAAAUAACUUUGGAAUACUAUUAAUUUUAAGUCCUAUCUUCCCAUCCUUUGGGAACGUGUGUUACCAGGGAUUUGGGAAAAGGACGGCAAACAGGCUAUUCGGGUAAAGAUACGCUCGAUUUCCAACUUUCUCUCGCCUGUUCUUUUUUCCCUUUGGUUUUCCAAGCCUGACUUCCCUGCCUGUCGUUAGGAUAGGGUAAGUUAAGUUCGCUACGCUGCUAGCAUCCUAACAUGACACCUUUCUUGAAAUAAUUGUGAAUGGCAUGAUUCAUUUCUAGCAGAGGCUGAGUUUAGGACAGCAGCUUCCAUUGAACAGCCUUUCUGUGUCGUGAGUAGCAUCUUAAUGCCCCGUUGGCUCACAUCAACAACGUAAGGGGCAUAUCUGCUAUGGAGAUCCAUGAAUUUUUCAGAUAGUGCCCUAAAAACAAUUCUCUAUGCCUCACUGGUGGUGGUCCUUGGGUCUUCCCUCACUUGACUUUAUCAUUGUUUACUACUAGUAAAAGCAGCAUUGCCAAAUAAUCCCGGAUUUUCCACUAAAAAUAAUACUGAAAUGAUGUUAAGCUUCUCAACAAGUUUUAGGUUAAACCUACUGUUGUUAGAUUAACAUACUUGUUUCUUCCCUUGACCUGGAAUGUGGCCCUAGCUCUGUUAGUUUUAACUCUCUUUAAUCCUUGUUAAAUUUAGUGGCUUCAGGUUUGAGAGCUGAACACUGGGAUUUUUGGGUAACAUACUGACAGUUUUAUUGUUUGCAUCGCUAAAAUUGGCAUUGUACAUAGAAAGGGUAUGGCUACCUUUGUUAAAUCUGCACUUUCUAAAUAUCAAAAAAAAAAAAAGGAAAUGGAGUAUAAAUCAAUUUUUGUAUAAUCUGUUUGAAACAUGAGUUUUAUUUGCUUAAUAUUAGGGCUUUGUCCCUUUUCUCUGUAAGUCUCUUGGGAUCCUGUGUAGAAGCUGUUAUCAUUAAACACCAAACAGUUAAAUCCAUUCUCUGGUACUAGCUACAAAUUCGGUUUCAUAUUCUACUUAACAAUUUAAAUAAACUGAAAUAUUUCUAGAUGGUCUACUUCUGUUCAUAUAAAAACAAAACUUGAUUUCCAAA